AUGUUGUUUAGCCGUUUGCUCCUGAAGAAUCGUGCUGGUUAUCAGGCUGCACUGCGAUAUAAAACCCAAUACCCAUAUUCAAACACUGCAUGGUAUUUCAAUUCAGUCAGACUUGAACCAUGGAGCUGGUUUUCCCCAGCUACUAGAGCAAGUCACUCUUCUAGUAACCCCCCUGUGUCACCACCUCCGAGCCUGGGUCGUUUGAAGGGGGCAACAUGCAUGAUUACGGGGGGCUCAUCAGGCAUCGGUCUUGGUAUCGCGCAUCGUUUUCUGCUAGAAGGAGCCGAGAGGAUUAUCCUGGUGGGAAGAAAUAGAAAACGGCUUGAAGAUGCAGUGAAAUCGUUGGGCACUGAGAUUGCGAUAGGGGAAUUGCCUAAACCCGCAAAGAUAGUUCAUUCUGGCUGUUUCACUCUGGUUACAGGGGAUGUUGGCUGCCCAUCGUUUUGGUGUGAAGAAGUCAAAAGGCUUAUGCGCCGGGUUGAUAUCUUGGUCAACGCCGCUGGGGUUUCCCACUCGUCUCUACUCUCCACUGCAAAGGAUGAACACAUUACUCAGCUCCUGCAUACAAAUCUGCAAGGAACCAUCUUCGCCUGCCGAACUAUGACCAGGCAGGCACUUCGCCAACGACGAAUGCAACAGCAGACGGAUGCCUCGACUAGAUCCUAUCUCGGGACAAAAUGCAUAAUCAACAUAUCAUCGUUGCAUGCGUCCAGGGGCGGGGUAGGGGUUGCGACAUAUGCAUCAACCAAGGCAGGCGUGAUAGCUCUCACCCGUGCUAUCGUUGCUGAGUCGAAUUUGCCUUGUUCGGGAGCAAGUAUUCGUGCGAAUGUUAUUGUUCCAGGGUAUAUCGAAACAAAGAUGCUCGAUGAGUUGGGCGAGCAGUUCCGAAAUGACACGAUGCAGUCUAUCCCGCUUCGACGGUUCGGCACGAUCGAGGAAGUAGCCGAUGCCGCAGUAUUUGUUGUCACGAAUCAAUAUGCCAACAAUUGUGUCCUGAACCUUGACGGAGGAUUGAGCGCGGUUUGA